UGGGCAUGUUCAAUGGCAGAGCUGCUUUGGUCCAGACUUCAUGACUCUGGGAUCCCUGCUCCCAGCUCCACUGCAGAAUUAUUCCACAGCUUCUGCGCUCCAGGAGGGCUAGACGCAGCGCCGCCCGCCCCCUGCAGCUUGUGCUGCAGCCGCCAGCCACCGGAGGGGGGCGAACCCACGUCAACCUGUUGUUUGUCCCGUCCCCAUUGAUCUAGUCAGCGCCACAAGGAAGUGCAGCACCCACACGCGCUUGGAAAGUUCAGCAUGCAGGAAGUUUGGGAAGAGCUGGGCGAGUAGCUGGACUGCCCGGGCAGCGCAGGGCAGUGCAGGCAGCGAAGGCGCGGGGCGGUGCAGCAGAGGUCCACCGGCCCAACCCGGUGGGCUUUAUUUAUUUAUAUAUUUAUUUCUGGAACGAGGCUAUUCCUAGGUCGCUGAUCCCAAAUGCACCGACUCAUCUUCAUCUCCAUUCUUGUGUGCGCGAACUUUUGCAGCUAUCGGGACACUUUUGCGACUCCGCAGAGCGCAUCCAUCAAAGCUUUGCGCAAUGCCAAUCUCAGGAGAGACGAGAGCAAUCACCUCACAGACUUGUACCGAAGAGAGGAGAGCAUCCGGGUGACAGGCAGUGGUCACGUGCAGAGCCCCCGCUUCCCCAGAAGCUAUCCCCGGAACCUGCUCCUCACAUGGCGGCUCCACUCUCAGGAGAAAACACGCAUACAGCUGGCCUUUGACCAUCAGUUUGGACUAGAGGAGGCAGAAAACGAUGUCUGUAGGUAUGAUUUUGUGGAAGUUGAAGAUAUCUCUGAAACCAGCACUGUAGUUAGAGGAAGGUGGUGUGGCCACAAGGAAAUCCCUCCAAGGAUAACAUCAAAAACAAACCAGAUUAAAAUCACAUUCAAAUCCGAUGACUACUUUGUGGCAAAACCUGGAUUCAAAAUUUAUUAUUCAUUUGUGGAAGAUUUCCAACCUAAAGCAGCCUCAGAGACCAACUGGGAGUCAGUCACAAGCUCUGUCUCUAAGCUCAAUGCAACCAAAUGCAUGGUGCAGCUGAAGGAGAUACAUGGGGUGUCCCAUCACUCUCCAUCAGUAACGGACCCUACGCUCACUGCUGAUGCUUUGGACAAAACAAUUGCAGAAUUCGAUACUGUAGAAGAUCUGCUUAAGCACUUCAAUCCAGAGUCUUGGCAAGAUGAUCUGGAAAACUUGUAUCUGGACACCCCUCAUUACAGAGGCAGGUCAUACUAUGACCGGAAGUCCAAAGUGGACCUGGACAGGCUCAACGAUGAUGUCAAGCGUUACAGUUGCACUCCCAGGAAUCACUCCGUCAAUCUCAGGGAGGAGUUAAAGCUGACCAAUGCGGUCUUCUUCCCAAGAUGCCUUCUUGUGCAGCGCUGUGGGGGCAACUGCGGUUGUGGAACUGUCAACUGGAAGUCCUGCACCUGCAGCUCGGGGAAGACGGUGAAAAAGUAUCACGAGGUAUUAAAGUUUGAGCCUGGCCAUUUCAGGAGAAGGGGCAAAGCUAAGAAUAUGGCUCUCGUAGAUAUCCAGUUGGAUCACCAUGAGCGGUGUGACUGUAUCUGCAGCUCAAGGCCACCUCGAUAAGACUCUGUGCACAUUUAUAUAUGAAGAAUGAAAAGACCUUUGGGUUAAGACAUGGUAAGGGACCCUUGUCCCACCCUAAGCAAUCAAAGUUGCUUCUCAGCUACAAUGCAGUGAAUACAGGUGGAAAGCUCGCUUUGUUAAUGCCAUGGCAAGAAGAAGCAUAUAUUGUCAACUUCUAUAUCUAUAAAUAUAGGAAUUCAUUUAUUAA